CCUGCAGUGCCCUCUCAGCCAGCCCCAGACAUGUCGGAGCGUCUGACGGCCGAGCAAGUCAAGGAGUACAAGGGCGUCUUCGAGAUGUUUGACGAGGAGGGCAACGGAGAGGUCAAGACGGGGGAGCUGGAGCGGCUCAUGAGCCUGCUGGGCAUCAACCCCACCAAGAGCGAGCUGGCCUCCAUGGCCAAGGACGUGGACAGAGACAACAAAGGCUUCUUCAACUGCAACAGCUUCUUGGCCCUGAUGGGCGUUUACUGGGAGAAGGCCCAGAACCAGGAGAGCGAGCUGAGGGCGGCUUUUCGUGUCUUCGACAAGGAGGGCAAGGGCUACAUCGACUGGGACACGCUCAAGUACGUGCUCAUGAACGCGGGCGAGCCCCUCAACGAGGUGGAGGCUGAGCAGAUGAUGAAGGAGGCCGACAAGGACGGGGACGGGACCAUCGACUACGAGGAGUUCGUGGCCAUGAUGACCGGAGAGUCCUUCAAGCUGGUCCAGUAGCAGCAGCUGCUUCUGCCAUGGGAGGCUGCCCGAGCAAGGAAGGCUGCUGCCC